AUGGAAGAGGCGGCCACAUGGGAGGACCUCCCCCCCCACGAACACCAGUUCGUCUGGGACGAGGCCGAGGGCAAGUUCUGGAGAGACUUCAACGCCAAGCAGGAGAGCCAGCACGCCGACGCCGAGAGAAAGUACCAGCUGGCCCUGACCGAGGCAAAGGUCGAGCUGGGCACGCUGGACGGGAGGCGCAACCAGCUCAGCAAGCUGCGCGAGAGGCUGGCGCUGGAGCUGAGCCAGCUCGACAGGGAGCUGGCCCAGGUCGUCAGCGAGUGCGACGGCAAGACGGACAGGAUCCUGGCCAUUGAGCGCAACUACCGGCACGAUGAACAAGACUGGCUGCAGCAGCGGGAGAAGGUGACGGAGACCAUGAUCCGCUGGUUCCAGGAGAAGCGCGAGACGGCCAUCACGCCCCUGACGCCGUCGCUGGCCUCGUUCAAGGGCAUCCUGCAGGAGCCCAUCGAGCCCAUCGUGGACCUCGUCGACGCCGACGGCCGCAUCAUCGGGCCCAUCAACAAGACGGAGCCGUGGAACCAGUGGGUCAAGGCCAUCCUCGGCCUGCCCGUCAAGCGCGCCGUCAAGAUCCGCCGCGGCCGCAAGUUCACCGCCGACCACCUCGCCGGCAUCUACGAGCACACCGAGGCCAAGGGCGUCAAGUGGCUGUCGUGCAUGAUCCAGGCCAUUGGCGACGUGCAGCAGCAGCGGUGCAUCUCGUGCGACAAGAACCAGGGCGCCUUUGACGACUGCAUCAUCAUCGGCGGGCCGCUCUUCCAGAAAUGCGGCAACUGCGAGUGGAAUCGCCAGGGCUGCCACGGCGCCGCGCUGCGCAAGGACGGCUCGGGCUCGGGCGAUUCCCCGGCUGCGGACCGGGAGGUUUCGCCUCGGAGCAUGCCUCGGGAGGACGUCUCGAUGGAAACAACGCCCGGCGGAGAGGGGCUUGGCAUCAGAGAGGCCGUCGAGGCAAACGGCGUUUCGCAGAGCUCCCCGCGGAAUGCGCACAUCAUCCUCUCGCCAUCACCCACGGAGCCAAAGCAGCCUGAAGAGCACAAGCCCGUCAUCUCAGAGCGGCGCGUACUGCCGUCGAGUCGACCAGCUACUUACCAGCCCGAGCAUCAAACUCAGCAUCAUCAGCACCAGCACCAGCACCAGCACCAGCACCAGCUGCAGGCGCCCAGAGAGCACCGCCAGGAGCCAGCUCGAGCAUACGCCUUCAGCUCGGGCUUCACUCCCGCCAACAUCCCCAGCCGCCCUUCGUCUCAGGACCUCAGCAGUCCCACGCCGCGCUCCAUCGAAUUCUCGCCCCAGCCCUCAGACUCGGCCGACCACGCCGACCUCCCCAAAAUCACCCGCGAGACGCUCGUCCUCCGGCACAACGGCCGGGAAUACACGUACCCCGAAAUCAUCGAGGGCGUGCCCCUGGAAAAGAUUGACCCGAGCCACCCCUACUGGGACCCCAAGUGGCCCGACAUCAAGAGCCUGAUCGAGCCGCCCCUGAGCCAGUGGCGCGAGAAGCACCAGCAGGCCGUGCAGUCCAAGGACAAGGGCGCGGACAAGGCCUCGACGCGGUUCCAGCUGGGCCGGCAGGUGAACCGCGGGCUCAAGAUCCUCGAGUUCCUGGACGAGGGCGACAUCAGCCCCUACCAGCUGCUGAGCAAGAAGUACACCACGUCGGGCAAGGGCAGCAUCACGUCGUACGACACGCUCUUCCGCCUGUGCGAGACGCUGAGCGAGCUGGCCAAGUACGGGCUCGACAUCCACCCGCUCGAGUGGAUGCGCCAGCGCCUGCACGAGCUGUGGCUGGAGCAGGGCGCCGCCUUCAACGUGUCGCGCAUCAUCCACAACUUCUACAACGACCCCAAGCUGGCCCUGCUGCGCGCAAAGUCGGGCUUCAAGAACAUUGGCCGGCCCUCGGGCGUCAAGGCCAGCCGCCGCAGCCAGGGCGCGCCGUCCAGCGCCCACGAAUCGCUGUCGGGCAAGCGCAAGAGCACCUACUCCUUCAACGGCACGCCCGCCGACCACGACGCAUCCUCGACCGACCUGGCCUCUGACGGCGGCAACGAGAACCCCCUGACGGCGUCCGAGUCGCCCGUCUCCGGCGGCGGCCCCAUCAGCAAGCGUGCCCGGACGCUCUCGCCGUCCAUCCGGCCGUACCGCAUCCUCGUCGACGACACGGCCGACUUCACCGACACGGACCUCUGGAGCGGCGCCGCGCUGACCAAGGACGACUUCGGCAUCGACCAGAUCAAGUCGCGCCUGCACACCAGCUCGUCGCGCGUCACGCAGUACCUGCACUGGACGGAGCAGGGCCGCUGCCUGGCGCACCAGGUCCUGAAGGAGGGCCAUCCGGCGCGAUGGGGCGUGCUCAAGGCGCCGGUCAGCUUUGACGUGCGCAUCGACGACUUGAUGGACGUUGUGUGGAACCGGCGCGUCAUGAAGGCGCAUUUCAUGAUGGCGGAGCGAAGCAGCAGCAGCAGCGGCGGUGCUUCUACAGCACGGCUUGCGUCGAGGGAUGGACGGCCGAGGGGGGAUGUGAUUGUGUCGUUUAAGCGGGAGAGGACGCUGAGGCGGUUGAUUCGGGUGCUUGAGGGCAUGGGCGUGAGGACGAUUGAGGGGUCUCAGGAGGAACUGGAGCAUCGCUGGGCAAGGAUGCAGUCGGAGCUGCUCUCUGACAGAGACGAUGAGAUUUCGGGCGAGGAGGCCAAGAGGCCGGCUUCUGCGUCCAAGCUGCCUGUUGCUUAUUAG